AUGCGUUUUGAUUCCGGUUUUGAAUUUAGUGAAUUUUGUCACCGUUAUGCUUAUAAUGAAGGUUUUGAGAUGUUUGUGAGUAGUGAUGAGUUAAAGAAAGAGUAUAAGGAUAAGGGUAUUAGUAAAAAAGGUAUAGGAGAUCUUGAGGCUAGGGCGCAUAUGAUGCAACGAAUAAGAUUAAAAUGCAAGAAGGGAGCUGUUAAAAAAAGUGAGGGGUCUAAUGUUACAGGAUGCAAAGUGUUUGUUUAUGGUUCAUUUAAAAAUGGAGAGUUUGUAGUAGUUAAUUGUUCUUUGCAGCAUAAUCACCCUCUUAGCCCCGAAUGUAGUCGAAUGAUGGUUAAUUACAGGAGCAUUGAUGGAGCUACCUUUGAUAGGAUAAUGAUAUAUGAUAAGGGGGGUGUGAGCGUGAGUAGAAACUUUGGUACUCAGCUUAUUGAAAAAGGUGGUUUUGAUAAUAUUACAUUCAGCAAAAGGGAUGUUAGGAACCCCAUAGCUGUUGAACGCCGUAAAACAAUGUUCGAGGAAUAA